CCUUCACCUCACACGUUAAUUAAUUAACAUGCAACCCUUGAUUGUGAAGACAUCGCAUCAACCUUCCCACAAGAAGAAACACCCUCCCACUUCCAACCCAUGCCUCCUCUACGUCUUCACCGCCUCCGCCGCCACAACCGUCAUCCUCCUCCUCUACUUCCGCCGCAUAAUGCUCGACCCGGCCACCUCCUGCCCCGCACCUAAGCCCCUCACGGCAGCCCAGGCCACCAUUGCCGCCGAGUUUGACACCGCUGCCACCACCCUCGUCGCCAUCUUCCACUACGCGACGACGCGUGACCUCCCGCAGCAAUCCAAGGCUGAAAUCCGGCGACCCUUCGACGUGCUCCAGUCCCUCGCGCCCUGCAACUUCCUCGUCUUUGGACUAGGCCACGACUCGCUCAUGUGGGACUCGUUCAACCCACGCGGCACCACGCUCUUCCUCGAGGAGGAUCCGGGAUGGACCGUCUCCACGCUCCAACGCUUCCCUGUCCUACGCACACACACGGUACGUUACCCCACGCGCCUCUCCGAGGCCAAGUCGCUCAUGGCUUCCUACAAGGAGGAAUGCGGCGGGAACCAACCACUCAAGGGAAACCAGCGCUGUCGGCUCGCGUUGAGUGAGCUGCCGGAGGAGGUGUACGAGCGCGAUUGGGACGUGAUCAUGAUCGACGCGCCGAGAGGGUACUUUGCCGCGGCACCGGGGAGGAUGGGGGUGAUAUUUUCAGCGGCGGUGAUGGCGCGUGGGAGGAAGAAAUCCGGUGUGACACAUGUGUUCCUUCACGAUUGUGAUAGGGAGGUUGAGAAGCUAUAUGCUAAGGAGUUUUUGUGCAUGAAAUAUAGAGUUGUUGGUUUGAAGAGGCUUUGGCACUUUGCUAUCCCACCCGCUGAGAAUUAUAGCGAUGCCACACAUGGAUUUUGCUAAAAUUGUAGGGCUUUAUUUUUCAUCCUUUAUGUCUUUCUUUUAUGUAGAAAAGAAAAGGUUUUGUCUGAGGGUUACAUAUUGUUGUAACUUUUGGUUUCUUGUGAGAAACAUAUAUUUUGUUAAGGGAUGAGGUAUGGUGGUUAAGGAAUGAAGUAAACAACUACCACCACACGACUCCAGGUAGUGUAGCAUACAUGAUUUUGUCCAAAUAGAUUGAAUCUAAAUAAAUUAUACCUUG